UUUAGUUUUAUUUUUUCAUAUUUUUGUCAGUUUAUUAUCAAAUGAUCAUUGAAUUUCUUAAUAUUAUGAGCUGAAAAUGUUGUUUUUGCUUAAAAAUGAAUUUUAAAAAUGAUUAGAAGACAAUUAACAAAUUGUACUGGUUUAUUUUUUCGACACAUAAUGACUGCUCCCGCAGCAAAGCCUUUUACAGUCCUCGUCGAAGGCAACAUUGGAAGCGGCAAAACUACAUUCCUCGAGCAUUUUCAACAAUUUGAGGAUAUAACAUUAUUAACUGAACCCGUAGAAGAAUGGCGCAAUCUCAACGGUUGGAAUCUCUUGGAUUUAAUGUACAAGGAUCCAGCAAAGUGGGCAAUGACUUUUCAAGCAUAUGUAUCAUUAACAAUGCUAGAAAUGCAUCGCAGAACAACUAAAACACCAGUGAAACUCAUGGAGCGUUCAAUAUUUAGUGCAAGAUAUUGUUUUGUGGAACACAUGAAAAGAUCAGGGACCCUACAUCCAGCACAGUAUUCAGUUCUUAAUGAAUGGUUUGAUUUUAUUGAUAAUGAAGUACCUGUUGAUGCUGACCUAAUAGUUUACUUAAAGACCACACCGUCAAUAGUUUAUGAAAGAAUCAAGAAGAGAGCCCGUUCUGAAGAACAAUGUGUCCCCCUGUCAUAUAUUGUAGAACUUCAUAAAUUGCAUGAAGAUUGGCUCAUCAACAGAACACAUGCUGAAUGUCCGGCACCUGUUCUUGUAAUAGACGCUGAUCUCGAUUUAUCACAUAUAACAGAAGAAUAUAAGAAGAGUGAACAUCAAAUAUUGAGAAAAGCUGUUAAUGUUGUGAUGCAGUCCCCAAAUAAGCUAAGUCCAAAGAAACCAGUAAGAGGAUCUCCCAUCAAGAUAGAGCCAAUAAGACUUUAGGUUUUAAGAAAUUAUUACUAACCUGCCAGUGAUUGAGAAAUGAGUUAUCUACAUAACACACAAACUAUAUUUUAAUAAAUAAUGGUGCCCAAUGAGAGUGGACCUAGAAAAUUUUGAUAUAAAUUAUAAAACAUAUUAUUUUACCUUUGAACUAUUUAAUUGUUUUCUAAAAUGUGAGAUAAUACACAGCAAUAUGUACCUGUUUUAAUCUGUUUAUACAAGCAGUAUUCAUUAUAGUAAUAUAUAAAAUAAAACAUAAAAAUGUUAAACAUGUGUUGAACACUUGUUUUAAAAAAGUUGUAUUACAAAUCCGUGUCUAAAAUCCUUUGAGAAUAUGACAACAUUAUGUGUAAUAUUUAUAAAUAUUAAUUACGGGAUAUUAUGUUUAUGAUAAUAUUUUUUUUUAAAUCAGUUGAACCUGACAUAAUAUGGGAUGAAUAUAAUAAUUUUUGACAUUAUAAAGUAUUAUAAGUUGCAUUUUGAUUAUUAAUUAUAGAACAUUGGUAUUUUAAAUUUAGGGUACGAUAUAUUUUGGUUAAUUAACCUCUCAGAAUAGAAAAUGCAAGUGGAAGUGCCACAAUUAUGCUGAGAUCCACGGAAUGGUCUUAGUAGGGUUUGAAUCAAAUCAAAUUUAGUCUUGUCGCCUUAUAUUGGGACGCGUGAAUUGCAAUUUCCAUAUAAACUUCUAUCCCUGGUAAGCUAUACGUUGUUACAUUGACAGACAGUGUGUACGGAUAAGGUGAGUUACCGUCAAUAAGUUUAUUGGGACAGUAUAGUAAACGAUAGUAACGAUUUUUUUCUUAAGUAAGAGAUAGACUUAAUAUUGGGAAUGGCCCUUAGGGAUCGACUUUCUGUUUCUUUAAAUGACAUCUCGAAUAUAAUAAAAAAUAUUACAACCAUGGUUACUGUUACUAGAAUAACAGUUGAGUGCAAAUAUGACAUCUGUUUCCCAGUUAUUAGUGUCCUAAAUUGAACUGAUUUCAUUACAGAGUCCUGUCUCUGGCAUUAAAAAGUCAGUGGUCAUGAAAAAAAAUUAUAAAAGUUGCAUACAAAUAUGACAUCUAUGUCAUAGAAUGUUGUAUUAUUUUAAGACGGAUUUGUUUACUGCACACUAGCGUUAAACAGUCAAAUCAUAUGUUUACUGCUUGAGAAAGUGAUAACAUAUGAAUGUAACAUCUAUUUAAAAGGUUUUUAAGUGUCUGAAUAUAGUAAUUUGGUAAUAUUUUUUUCCUAGUUUGGAGAGGCUGAGCUUAUUGCUUAGUGCUCGAACUGAAUUGUCAAUUGGAAAAAGACCUUUAUUGAUCCUCACAUUCAAUAUAAUAUCUUUAAUAACGUUGUAUGGACUUCCCCUAUUAUAUAUUAGUAUUAAGGCUUAAUUUUGAACUACUAUAAAACAGUUUCUGCCAGUAGCAAAUUAUAGCAUUGUUUUCUAUGCAUUUUACAUAUUGUACAUUUAAAUUUGCAAAAUAAGAUAGUUUUGGAGACAUGGGUUCUCAUACUAAGGAAGUUUAUUGGCACUUUUACUUGUUUUAACUGUUCUUUGAGUAAACCUGUUUGAUUUAGGAUGAAUAUUUGCUAAAUGUUGUGUUGUGAAUCUGUUGUAAGAAAUAAUCUUUUCGAAUAACAAUAUUUAAAUUUAAAGUACUGCCUAAGAUGCAAUAUAUUAAGUAUUAGUUAUUAUUUUGCUAAAAAUUGGUUUAGUUGCUAUAGUUAAAUUGCAUUAAUUUAAAUUAGUGUCAUAAUGGUGAAAGUAUUUAGGGCAGGUGUAAGGAUCUUAUUAUAAUAAUAUAUUCUAUUUUUCUUUGAUUGGCUAAAUGGUAAAGCGAAUUAAUGUGUCUAUAUGUAAUAGUAAUUAGGAGGUAUUUGUUUUAUGAAUGUAUUAUUUCAAAUGCUACAAUGGUCGUAAAUGCUUUUGUGCUCCAAAGAAUUGUAACACUAUUGUAGACAAAUUAGGUACUUUACAAAAAGCCCAGUUAUCACAAAUUUAAUAUAUAAUAAUUAUUUCUAUAAUCUAAUGUAAAAGUGAGCUUUGCCUUAAAAUUUUAGUUUCGCUUUUAAGAUAAAAUUUGACAAUAGGAAAUGAUACAGAUAAUAUCAUUUAGAAAUUGUUUGAUGUAAUAUAAAAUAUAUAAAUAAGUAAUUAAUAUAAAAUAUAUAAAUAAAAACUGU